AUGCUCAUCCCCAGCUAUUUGGAUACCGAUGGGCGCAGUCCUGUUAGUCCCAUAACUCCCACUUCCGACGAGGACUCGACAGAUGGGUCCCACGACACAGAACCCUCACCGGAACAUCCGAUCGCUCAACUUCAAGGUCCCUUUGAGGAGUCGAUUCGCGAAACCAAUGAUCGUUCCGCGAGUCAAUGGAUUGUCAAUAUCGAUCCACAAUCCCGUCGGCGCGAUCUACUGGAGAAUGAUGAGUAUGAGCGACUCUGUGGUCGCAAAUGGCGCCAACGCUCCUCUGAACGAUAUCAUCCAUUUUGGAAGCUCAUCUCGCAGAUGGUCUUUGGAGUCCAUCUGCUGGCGAGGCGACUCGCCAAAUCAGAGCCCCAGGUUAUGAAGAUCCUGCAAACCCAUGUUGAUGAAAUGGAUGGCUUUCUGCAGAGGACGACAGAGGAUUUUCUGAUCAUUCACAUGGAUGUCCGCACGAGGAUUCAAUAUCUGAGUCUUCCCCUAGGGAACUUACAUUUGUUCGAUCAGAUGCUCGAGGAUCGCAAUUUUCGCCUCUCAUUGAUCGCCUACCACGAUCAGAUUGAGCAUGCCAUUGACCGGUUUACACUUGCCAUCACUGAUACCAUCCGGGAUUUGCUCAAAGGGAAAGAAGCAAUCAGUGUUCUGUGGCACUACCUCCUCCAACUAUCAGAAGAAGGCUGCUUCGAAUCCCACAGCCUUAAAGCAUUCUACCAAGCCAUGAUGGACAACCUAGAAGGCUGGCUCGAAGCCUUCUCCAAGCUCCGCCGUCGCGGCAUGGCCCUCCAAAAGGCCCUCGCCCAACUCGCUUUAGCAGUCACCGAGAUGCAACACCGAGUCGGCGUAGCAAGCAGGAAAGAAGUGCGCUCAAUAAAGCCCCUUAAACCCACUCGCAAUCGAUCCGUUCGAAAGCUCUUCUCCCCCCUGCCCUCCGAAAAACCGCUCCCCGCCGACCCCCUACUGAAACCAAAGAACUCAAAGGGCGAGGAGGGAACAGGUAGAAAGGGCAAUGUGGGUCGCACUACCAAUGCUACAAAGCGAGAAAGUAACAUACCCAGGGCCCUCAGUCGCGCAAAAUCGUGUAGUGCCCUGGCCAUGGACUCCAGUUCCAUUUCCACUUCUCCCCCACCACCAGUCCCUCGUCCAAGAACAGCAAGCAGAUUGAGCAGAAGACUAUCCAAGCCCUUCCUCCCAAAAAGAUCGCUUAGUGAAGGCGAAAAGGCUGAUACUACGCAGAAUCGCCCCGCUACGGCUCCAGACCGGACCCUGAAAUCCCGCAGUGUCUCCAUGGAACAGCUUAAAGCGCUAUGGACAAACACUGGUCGUCCCCGAACCCAGCAAUCCAUAAACCAUCCCCCUCCACCCCCAUUACCCCAAUCUCCACCCCUAUCACCAUCUCAAAGCCCUAAACAAGACCGCACAGAACGAGAAGAAAAAGAGAGAGAGAAAGAGAAAGAGAAAGAGAAACAAAAAGAAAAAGAAACUUACGACACAAUGAAAGAACAAGUUUCCCAAUUCCUCAAAACCGACCGCGUCGUCGAAGCCUGGGACGCCAUGACAAAAUCAGCAACAUGCAGCCGGACCCUAAAAUCCGCCAAAGACUGGCCCUGCAGUAUCUUCCGUGCAAAAUCGCCUAACGCCUGGCGCGCACGCUCAGAUCUAUCAGACGCACCGGACGAAAAACAGAUGUCCUGGGUCCCAGAUGAGGUACUGAAUACGUACACGUUCAAGCAAAGACCUGAGAUGUCGCCGCGCAUUCAUGUACUUUCCGUCCAGAUGGCGCUGGAUGAGGAGAUGAGUGGCACUGUCAAUGUGCAAAUGAGUGGGGGUGGAGGGGAUGAGAUUUCAGAUUGUGAUUCUGGGUCGAUUAUUACGGCGCUUCCGGCUUUGCCGCCUACUCCUACGACUACUACUUCUGCUACGAUUGAGUCUGUGGCGGGGGAGUAUAGGGCUAGGGCUGUGGAGUGUGCGCGGGGUUGA